AUGGCAGCAGCUGCAAACACGUCGCGGCGCGCAGCAGACUGCAGAACGACGGACGUGGCUGGCAUUUUGCAACGUAUCACUGGUCGCAGGAGGGCUCGUAGCGCACGGCUGGCGGUUGCUAUUUUGGGAACACGGCGCUUAGUCCCCCAUCUUCACCACCAUUCGACGCCGCCCCGACCGACCACGCACAACUCUCCACGAACCCCUUCCCUUGCCCUUCCCCCAGGCGGUAGCGGCUCUGCGACUGACCGGCUUUCCCUCGCCCGCUCCGAGUCGGUCUCGCUCUACACAGCACCAAUUCCCUCGCCCGAGAGAGAGUGUGUCGCGAACUCGAUCGCUGCGCAACGACUCCUCGAACGCCCUCUCCCGCUGCAUUCUUCCUUCGCGCGCCCACGGCCUCCGCCUGCAGCUGCGCGCCCAUUCGACUGUUCUCUCCGCGCCGCACUCCAGGCACAGGCGCAUCGCCGGCCUAGUCGCUCUCUCAGGCGCUUAUUUGAGGAUCUGGUAUUCUCGCUUCCCUCGACCAACAGCGCCAGCCCGCCUCUGCUGUUGGCGAUUCGGUGCGUUCUGCUGCUCUUCCUGCUCCUCCCCUCGCCCCUCCGUCUCCCUACCCGCCCAGUGUUUGGCUGCGCCAGCACGUCUGUUUGA